CCCAACAAUAGAGUGGUACGUACCAUUAUGAGUGUUUAUAAUAGGGAAUUUUUCUUGCGAGUGGAUGUGAUUUCGCAUUCAUUAGCGCGGGGGAAAUAAGUUCACUUGCAUGUUGACGAAAAUAUUGGAGAUUUUUUGCCGCGCAACCUGUCGUGAGCUUGGCCGGACUGGGUUUACUGCUCAUAUCACUAAUAUCUACCAAGCGGAUCCCUUUGGAAAAGAGUGCCUUGAUCCCUCUCCGCUGCUGCCUCUUCCAGCAGGACUCCACUCAUUUUAGGUAUCAGUGACAGAACUAAUAUGGACCCAAGCUGGAGAUUUAGACUCUUGGACACGGUGGCAUGCUCUGCAACUCAGUAGGAAUGGGAAGAAAAUAAGAGGAACUGAGCAAACGUAUCAGGUAGUGGUAUCGCAGCGAAAGGAUGCCGCUGGUGAAGCGCAGCAUUGAGCCCAGGCACCUGUGCCACACAGUGCUGCCCAGGAACAUCAAGAAUGAGCUGGAGUGUGUGACCAACGUCUCCCUGGCCAACGUCAUCCGCCAACUCAGCAGCCUCAGUAAGUAUGCAGAGGACCUGUUUGGAGAGCUGUUCAAUGAGGCCCAUUCCUUCUCUUUCCGGGUCAACUCCCUGCAGGAGCGCGUUGACCGCCUCUCCAUCAGCGUCACACAGCUGGACCCCAAAGAGGAAGAACUGUCUCUUCAGGACAUCACCAUGAGGAAGGCCUUCAGGAGCUCCACUAUCCAGGACCAGCAGCUGUUUGACCGCGAGACGCUGCCCAUCCCGCUGCAGGAGACCUUCCAGACCUGCGAGCAGCCGCCGCCGCUCAACAUCCUCACACCCUACAGGGAUGACGGGAAAGAAGGUCUUAAGUUCUAUACCAACCCUUCCUACUUUUUUGAUCUGUGGAGAGAGAAGAUGCUGCAGGACACAGAGGACAAACGAAAGGAGAGGAGGAAACAGAAGUUGCAGGAUCCCCGCAUGUAUGAUCAGGUCUAUAGGUACUUAGACCUUCCAGGGCAGCUGAAGGCGAUAGACCGUCCACAGGAGCCAGAGAAGAUACCGCGGGCGCCGCACGAUCGCAAGAAGGAGUGGCAGAAGCUGGCGCUGGGUGCAGAGCUCGCCCAGGACGAACCUGAGGACAAACACCGAGAGGCCAACGGCUCUGCGGCCUAUCACGACAACAGGGCUCCGUUGUACAUGGAACAUUUGGACGGGCCCUUCUCGCUGGCGGCGCUGCCCUACAGCCAGAUGAACGAGCUGCUGAACCGCACCGGGGACAGAAUGUAUUCACGGCCCCACGACCCGCCUCCACCGCCACCUCCCAUGCACCCGCUGGGAGACAUCAAACCACCCUCUAUGAUCAGUUCCAGUUCGGGCUUUUCCGACAGCAGACCUCAGUCUCCAGCCCGGACAGCAGGCCUCAAUUCUGGCACUCCUCCUCCUCCACCUCCACCUCUCCCUCCUCCACCCCCUCCUUUACCCUCCACAUGCACUGGUCUGCGGGGCACCCCUCCUCCCCCCAUCCCGCCCUUACCAAUCCAGCAGCAGCCCCCAGUCAUCCCACCUGCCCCUGCUCCCCUCCAGAUUGCUCCAGGAGUCCUCCAUCCGGCGCCUCCACCCGUGGCUCCGCCACUCCACUCGUCCUCCCCGGCCCGCCUCCAGCAGGUCCUGGACAAGGGCGUGCUCGCAGGUUCCUCCGCCCAACUGGACGGCACCAUCCUGCCUCCACCCCCGCCGCCACCUCCUCUGCCCCUCACUGGAGCACGGAGCUCCUCCCCCUGUCCACCGGGCCCGCCCCCUGUCCCGGCCUUUCCUUCAGCAGCAGCCAUGGCCUCCCCGCCGCCUCACGCCACUUCCCACGACAUGGCAACCAAGAGACACCAUCCUGCCAACCUGCCGCCCAUCAGCGAUGCGCGCAGCGUCCUGUUGGAAGCUAUUCGGAAAGGCAUCCAGCUGCGGAAAGUGGAGGAGCAACGCGAACAGGAGGCGAAGCACGAGCGCGUUGGCAACGACGUGGCCACCAUCCUGUCACGCCGCAUCGCCGUCGAGUACUCCGACUCCGAGGACGAGUCUGAGUUUGACGAAGGAGACUGGAUGGAGUGAUGCUUGUCAGAGAGAAGAGAAAGAGCAGGGGUGGCAGCAGAGGACAACUGCGUGUUUAAGUGCCCCCCCCCAACGCCCCGCCAUCAAAAACUUCCCCUCCAGCAAGAGUCCGCUACAUCCCAGAGACGGGAACAACAUCUUUGUUACCCAUUACCCCCUGUCAAUCUUUUUCAUCCCUCCAUAUUCCUCCUGCUCUCUCUCGCUCGCAGUGGUUUGUGUGCGGAGGAGAAUCUCUACGUUGCCCUUGUCUGUCUCGUGUUCUCAGAGAGGUUUUUGUAUUCACUUUUUUUUUUUCUGCACUACCACGCAACUUUGUUUCUGGUGGGUUUCUCAUUGUGAAAUCCCCAUUGUUUACUAUUGUUAUACAUGAAAAUAACUUCUUUUUUUUUUUGAAGAACCACUUGUUUUUGUUUUUCAUCUGUUCACAGAUGUUGUGUGUUGAUGUUAAAGAAAAAAAAAAGAAAAACUGAAAAGAAAAAAAAAGAUGGCAUGUUGCAUCUUAAUCUUUAGUUCUCCAGUACAGUUUUGCCACCUGGUGGUUGAAAGUGACAUUGAAUGGAUGCUGUUUUAUUUUACCGUCUUUUUAUUUAUCUUUUCUACUGGAACAUUUGCGGUUUUAAUGGGCCAGUAGUCACCAGUGCUGACCGCCUGAUGAACAGCAACCCAUCGUCCACACCAGCUGUGACUCCACUUGGCUGAGCCGUCUUGGUUUUGCUCUCGUGUCAGGACUUCAUACCACUUCAGAACACACUAAAGAUUGUGAUAUGUCAUGUGAUGAUUGUUGUAUGAUUGUGGUGAAAAUGAAGAAGGGAAAGUAAAUGGCUUUGGCCAAGUGUGCCCAUAUCCAUCCGUCUACACUAAUGUUUACCCCAGGGUAACGUAUGCCAAGAGAUUGAGCUAUUUUUUUUUUCUGUCCAGGUUCUGUGGGUCCCCGAGGAGCCACUUUAUGCUCAGAUAGACAUCAGGCCAAUGUCAAAGAUCAACACUGAGCCAUUGGGUUUCAAUAGAUUCUGCUCACAUCCUGUCCUCACACGCUUUUCCUCACAGAUGGAAGAUAUGUAGAUGUGCAGAUCUCAUGCACUACUCAUUCUUUCUGAAUAUACAGUAUGCUGAAGGAAAGGACACGAGGCGAGGAGUGUUUUGAGCACACCCUUGACAUACUGAAAGGCUUGCGAUGCCGAGCGCCCCGACCAACGCCAGGUACAAACCACUCAGCUCCACCGAAGGCAGCUUAACCCUCAGAUCCCCCGUUACUCCGUACCCGUGCACUAACGAGGAGCCUCGCCUCGUUUGGUUCUUACAGCAGUUAACGGUUACUCAGAAAAAAACUGAAAAGGAAAAUGAAAAAAAAAGUGUAUGAUGUCGCCUGUUGAGGCCUAAGAUAGAGGAGGAUUCAUUACGCCUUGUUUUGGCUCAUUUCAAAGAAAAUGUCUGCCGUCCUUUCCUUUCAUUUGUUUGUUCUUUCUUCUACUUGCCUUAUUGUUCGUACAAAACGUAUCGUUGAGUUGAUGAAUGUAUCGUGCUGUUACUACUUACUUGCCUGCGCUUGUAUGGAUUAGCUGUUUCUAUGUUUGGGGAAAAUGGGGGGGAAAGGAAAAAGAAACCCUGGUUUAAAAAAAAGGAUUAGAUCAAUACUGUAUACCAUGUAACUUAUGUAACUGUUGACUGUAACAGUUUGCUUGAAUUAAUAAAAUCUAAUGUUAUGUUUCAGCCUUA